AUGCCCCGUGAUAAGAUUAAGGCUGUAGAUGUUGCAUUCUUCUCUUUCCCUUGCAUAAAUGAGACUGUAUUGCGUCAUGGCACUGAUGCUCAAUAUGACGACACCAAAUCAGGGAUGCUCUUUCGAGAAAGUCAUUUACAGGUGGCCGACGCGUUAAAUUAUCCAAAGAUUAUUUGCUCAGAGCUAGUCAGUCCACACCCUGAAAACUUCAAUCAUCAUCUUCAAGUAGAGGAUAUGAUGACUGAUCCAAAACGUCAAGAUUGCAACUCAUAUAGCCAAACCGAUUGCAGUGCAGUAGUUAAUGCUGCAUUCUUCUCGGGCUGCGUAUCACAACCACGGUGGAUUAGGGUAUUCAGGCUGAAGAUGCCAGUUCGCCACUGCAUUUUCACUUUAGCGACAAUGCCUAUGCAGUGGCAUUGUUCAGAAAUAUUCCCAGUAAACGUUACAAGAUAUCCUUAUCGCUGCAAGAAGCAAAGGUUAAUCUUGAAACUGUGGGAGGACAAUUCUUAUUUCACCUGGGCUACAAUGCAUGCAAGAAAAUUGGAUGCUCUAGCGCAGAUUUUGAGGUGUUUUUCAGUCUCGACCUGCAUGAACACCUCAGGCUAUCGCAUCGAA